CCUCCGCGGGUGGGCGGGGGGGGGCGUGCGUGGGAGCCCCGCUGCCGCCAUGGAGAAGCAGCCCGGCGGCGAGGACGACUGCGUGGACUCGGGAGCCGAGACGGGCGGAUCCUCUUUGCUGGUGGGCUGACCAGUGAGUACAAACCCUUUGACGACUGAUGCGUCUCUCGACUGAGCGAUGAGCCCUCCUUUUCGGUCUGAGUACAGCCGUAUGUCCUCUACCAGCAGUGAACUUUCUCUGGAAGGUAUACAAGACCCAUUCCUUGUUAGUGUACAUAUUAUCACAGACCCAGGUGAAUCCAAGACUCUUCAGCAAGCCGUCGAUAAGCUUCUAGCCUGGAUCCAUCCAGACCUCCAGCUGUUUCGAGUCUCAGAAAGACGAGCGCCCAAGAAGCGCAGGAGGCCGGGUAAGGCUGGUGUUUCUCAGCCAGCCCUUGCCAUCGUUCUGUUUCUGCAGGAGGAAUAUGGAGAGGAACCGAUCCUGCAGCUCCACGAAACCUUUCAGCGGCCACCUUGGCAGUUCCACCACACAGAGCGAGUGCACGGGAAGUUCCUCCCUUACUUGCCGUGCAGCCAGGACUUUUACACUUUGGCUCCGGAGACUCCUCUGUGGGCCAUUCGCCCCGUGCACUACGGGAAAGAAAUUAUCCGCUUCACUAUAUACUGCAGGAGUGAAAACUUUGUUGACAUUUUGAAAUUGUACGAGUUAAUACUGAAAAGACCAGUAUGUCAGAAAAAAGUGGACUUCUGUGUUUUUCCUGUCUAUUCUAACCUGGAAAUAGACAUUCAGUUUUCUUUAAAAAAACUUCCGAAGGGCCAGGUGCCAAUGCCAACAGAGUCAGCGGUGCUGGAGUUCAGAGUAAAAGAUGUAGGGCAGCUUGUGCCUCUCUUGCCCAACCCUUGCAGCCCCAUCAGUGAAGACAGGUGGCAGACAGAAGACCACGAUGGAAAUAGGAUCCUUUUGCAGCAAACACGCAGUUGGUGUAGGAAGUCUGCAAAGCAGAACAAGCAACCAUAUCCAUCUGUGCCAACAGACUCCUGCUUCACCACCCUGCCAGCCUUUCUUCCCCAGAGCCACCAACCUGUCCCUGAACAACCCAAAGAAAUGGGUCAAAACGAGGUAUUUCACGCAAACGGCCUCGGUCAUUAUCUUGGUUUCUCCCAGCAGGACUUGAGACACAGUGAUCGAGGAGGCUUCACACGCCGAUCCAGCAGUGCCUCCAGUAUUUCACGGCCGUUUCAACGGAGCAAGUCUCUGUUCUGCUUGCCCACAGUGAACUCCUCCUCAGCCGCAGAGACUUUUCGUUUCAGUGAACCGUUUCAGUUUUUAAAUACUGGGUCACCUGCGACCAGAUUGAAAACAUGGAGAUGCAGCCCCAGGCUUAACGUUGACGACUUGGAGGGUGCCCAGGAGACUGAUGUAGACACGGGGAUGAAGCUGUCCUCCUCAGACCUGUCGGUGGUCUCUGCGUACUCUGCCCUUAGUGGGUUUUGCAGUGACUUGGAAGCCUCUCUUCCCCCACAGAGACAAACUGACAGUAAGGCUAAGCAGGUGGCCACCAGCAGAAGGCCUGCAUCAGCCAUGUGCAAUACCUUUGAGUCAGCUCCUGGUUCACUGCCUUCUCUUUCUGAAUGGUCUUCCAGCUCAUUCGUGUCAGCAUCUCUCUCCAAGCAGCCCAAUCAGUCCUCAAGAGCAGCUCCCUGUUCUCUGGAUGGUCAUGGUAGUGCUUGCCCAGCUUCACCAGCUAACAAAGAAGAAUUUUACAUCUGAGGUUUCUCUGUCUUACACCUUCAAGGGCAAACGUGUUCUGCUUGUGAAUGACAGCAGCGGGCCCACCUUGAGCUUGCAGAGGGUUCCUUGCUGAGGAGAGGUGAUACGGCAGAGCACGAUAAAUAUUUGAAGAAAGCACUUGGAUCCUUCAGGGAUGGGUGCCCUCAACCGGUGUACGGUAAAGCAGUCUGAGGUUGUGCCCUGGACCUUCCUGUUGGAGGAGAUGAUCAGCACAGGGUCUUGUGUGUGGCAGUGCAACAUGAAUGGUUUCUAUGACUGACCCUUGGACUGGUGCUGAAGGAGAUACCAGAAGAGGCAAAUGAUAAUCCAGUUUUCUUUGGCAGAAAAUGAAGAGUAAUUUGUGACACUAAACUUCUUGAACUUCCCUGAGAAAUUCCCUUGAAUCGGGAAAGAUAGGAGGAGAAAGGGGUCUUCCUUCCCUUUCACAAGUUCCAAAAGCAGGUCUAAGCACAGCAGGUCCCAGUAUCACAUCUCCAGUAGAGUCAGGCAAGACGUUUCCUGGGAGGACAUACACGGUUCCUUCUAACCUCUGAGAACUGGCAGUGCUGGGGCGGGGAGAAGCUUCUCUCCAUCCCCGGGGAAGAGGCAGCUCUGCUGUGUCUCUCACUUUGACAGCCCAGGAUGCACAAAGUGCCAAAAGGGAAACCUUACAGAACAUUUUCAACCCAUCCCCUCCAAAGAGCCCCUCCGUUCCGGUUGGAAGGGAGCCGCGCGGCCUGUUGUCUGAAGGGCUUGUUUAAACACAAAUAAACAACGUUUGCUACUUCUAACUCAGGCGGUGCAGAGCUUACCUUUCUGCAGUAGAAAACAAGGAAGACAACCCAGCAUUUUUAUAUAUUGCCAGACCACUGGUCCCAAAUACAUGGCAGCUCCCUAUUUUUUUAAGGAGUUGUUAUUUUCCUGUUAAAAAUAAUAUAUGCAGAAACUUACUCUUCCCAUUUCCAGUGCAAGCAUACUUCUUUCUGAGUAAAACACAUUUCUUCUCAAAUACCUCGCUCCAAAGGGAGAACAAGUUACAUUUUACUGGCUUUUCAAGUGGUGUUUUUAAAAUACACAUUCUUGGUAACCCGUUUUGCUCCAAUUCGUUUGGUAUUUAAAAAAAAAAAAAAAAAAAAAGAAAAGUAAGUAAAAAGCUGCUAAUAUGACAGCUAAGUACCUUCACUAGGAUUUAAGUUGUAUAUACAGAUUGCAUCAUGCACGUUCUGGGAAGUUACAUUUUUGACAGAGAAAUGGUGCUUAUUGCAGCUGUGGUCCAGCCAGUGAGAAAAUGACCAUGUUAAAAGGUGUAUGUAUAAUGCUGUAUGUAACCUAUAUACAGGCACAGACACUGAAGACCUGCCAUGAUGGCAUUGUGGUGGAUGGAAUAAAAACACAUUUGUGGAGACAAAUGUUAGCUAUAUUACCAGGUAGUUUUACUCAGAAGAAUUGCUGCUUUGGGGAAAAAAAAAAAAAAAAAAGAAAAAAGAAAAAAAGAAAAAAAAAAAGCACAGUCCCCUGGCCCAUGUAAGUAAAUGCACAGUUUGUACAAACGAUCCUGAAAGAAAGCCUGGAGGGAAUUGAGUACAGCUUUGUAGGGGAGGAGGGGGAAUUCCAUUAAACCUGCACCCCCCAAGCCAGAAGAGGCCAGGGGGCUAGUCAGGAGUCAGGAUGCUACUUCUCAAGGUGUUUUCCUUUUUCUCUCAUUUUCUCCACACAGGGAAAAAGGCAUCAGGCUGAGGUCCAAGUCUCCUCUUUGUGAGAUGCUAUCAUGGCACGUACCAGAGGUAGACCUUGUCUUUUGUGUUAAACACAACGGAUAAAUAGGACAAUCUAUUCAAGCUCUAGGAGCACAGGAGAUCAGCAGCCUCCUCCUGCCUUCCAAACUGUUUAGGCUUUCUGCAGUUUUGGGUAAACUGUUCUCAUAAGAAACGUCUGGGACCAGAAAUAGCACCAAUGAAGGAUUUGUCGUGGUGUGCAUGUGUUUACCUGCUCUGUACUCCUUCAGAGUCCCCAGAGUCUCCCCUCUGACUUUUGUGGCCUUUGAAUCAAAACCCCUCUGAACACAGCAGAACUAAUUUAUCCAAAGUCGUGCUCUGUGUUAUUGUUUGUACCCUGUCAAAACACAUGUAAAACUCACAUGUAAAACACUGUGAGGUCAGGCCAGCAGUUUUAUCCCUCAGCUUGCAAUUCAGCGUACAAGCGGCGAUGCCUAGGACAGUCAGGUUUGAGUUUAUGAUUAAUUAUUUUCUGUCAUAUUCAUGGUAGUACAAAAAUAAAUUAAGAAAAAGCACUGUAUAUUUAUAGGACAGCCAUUUUAUCAACACUAUCCACUUCCAGAUAUGACAACCAACAGGAUAAAUUUGGUUCAAAUCUGUUAAAAAUUUUAGUAUUCAUUAUUUGAAACAGGGGAGAAAAAAAAAAAAAAAAAAAAAAAAAAGAAGCGUUUUCACAAUAUUUUAAUAAGAUAGAUAGUAUUUGAUCUGAACAUGAAAUUAAAAACUGAUUUGAGCUGAUGUGUCUGUCUGAUCCUGGAGUCACGCCAACUUCCAGCCUCCUGACAAAAGCUGCCUGGGGUUUUUAACGCCGAGGAGGCUUUGAAAUAUCUUUCCACCCAGGGUAUGCCUCUGCAAGGAGGAGCUCAGCACAUCUGGGGGCCGUCUCCUGGCGCGGCAGGGAGCGCUGGUGCUGGAGGUCUAAGAAAAGCACAAGGUAGCUCACGUGCGGCAUUAACGGGCAGCUCUGCAAACAUCCCAGCUCCAGGUUUUGCCGUGCUAAUCCGAAUGGGAAGAAAGCCAAAUGAGCUUCCACGGACUCUGAAUUUCUGCUGUCUUCACUGGUUCUGUUUGCAAGUAUUUCUGUUCUGUUUACUGAUACUUAACUUGAAAUGAAAGUUUUCAUUGUUUACAUUCAUGGUGCUUGUAACCAAAAUUUGGAAUAACGGAGUGUCCUACUGUCAGGAAAAACAGACAUAAUAGUGUACUUUGUCUACAGUAAUGCAAGCCAAGUAUUUGAAGAGUGUUUAACUGAAGGUAGGCUUAAUUAUUUCUCUUCCCAUUAUUUAAGAAGGUACUGAUCUCUUCAGAGAGUUGAAUAUUCACAAGUUGUGUGGCAUUUACUUAUAUAUUGUAUUGUUUUGGUUAAAUUAUGAACAAUGUCAUUUAAGAACUGCAGGUUUUCCCUAAACUUUCCCUCUCAAUGCCUGAAAUGCAUUGCUUCUGUGAAAUAAAAUAGUGAUGAAAAGUCA